GCUGAGCUGGCCAGCGAGCGCGGCAUCUUUCCCGAGCGCAUCUCGCAGGGCUCCAGCGGCAGCUACUUCGUUAAGGACCCGCAGGGGAAAAUUAUUGGCGUCUUCAAGCCCAAGAAUGAGGAGCCAUACGGGCAGCUGAACCCCAAGUGGACCAAGUGGCUGCAGAAGCUGUGCUGCCCGUGCUGCUUUGGGAGAGACUGCCUGGUCCUGAACCAGGGCUACCUGUCGGAGGCGGGUGCCAGCCUGGUAGACCAAAAACUGGAACUCAAUAUUGUUCCCCGCACAAAGGUGGUGUAUCUGGCCAGUGAGACCUUUAACUACAGUGCCAUCGACAGGGUGAAGUCCCGAGGAAAGAGGCUGGCCCUGGAGAAGGUGCCGAAAGUCGGCCAGCGCUUCAACCGCAUUGGUCUGCCACCCAAGGUGGGCUCCUUCCAGCUCUUUGUGGAAGGCUACAAGGAUGCUGACUACUGGCUGCGGCGGUUUGAGGCUGAGCCACUCCCGGAGAACACCAACCGGCAGCUGCUGCUGCAGUUUGAGCGGCUGGUGGUGCUGGACUACAUCAUCAGGAACACAGAUCGGGGCAAUGACAACUGGCUCAUCAAGUAUGACUGUCCCCUGGACAGCGCAGGCGUGCGGGACAGUGACUGGGUGGUGGUGAAGGAGCCCAUCAUCAAGCUGGCUGCUAUAGACAACGGUUUGGCCUUUCCCUUGAAACACCCAGACUCCUGGAGAGCAUACCCCUUCUACUGGGCGUGGCUUCCCCAGGCCAAAAUCCCCUUUUCACAGGAGAUCAAGGACCUGAUUCUUCCCAAGAUCUCAGACCCCAAUUUUGUCAAGGACCUGGAGGAAGAUCUGUAUGAGCUCUUCAAGAAAGACCCUGGCUUUGACAGAGGACAGUUUCACAAGCAGAUUGCUGUCAUGAGAGGCCAGAUCCUGAACCUGACGCAGGCGCUGAAAGACGGGAAGAGCCCGCUGCACCUGGUUCAGAUGCCGCCUGUGAUUGUGGAAACAGCGCGUUCCCACCAGCGCUCUGCCAGUGAGUCCUACACGCAGAGCUUCCAGAGCCGGAAGCCUUUCUUCUCAUGGUGGUAGCUGCGGGAGCCACAGACAGGGCUUGGCCAUCUCGGACUAGCACUGCAAGAGGAGCUGGGCCAUUGCUGGCUUCUGUGGCUGGGACUUGGCCUUCAGGGUAGAGCGAGCAGGUGCAGCUGGAGGAACCUGCAGCUGAACUGGAGGAGCCAGGCAGGUUGGGCAUGGUCCCUCCCCAGCUCCAUUGGAGCUCGGUGCCCUGUCUGGGGCAGAGGCCAGGGGAGGUGUGGGAAUCCGCUGGGAACUGUGGCGUGGCUGGGACCCUGCCCCUGCCUCCCUUCCUUGGCCUGCAUGCGGUUCUGAGCACCUCUGCAUGGGGCUCUGAUGAACAGGCUUGCCCAGGCCAGGAUCCGUCCAGCCCUUUACACCAGCCACUGGCCCUUUUCUUUUCCCACCGUGCCAGCUGCUGGGCUGGGAAGGCCUGUAGAAGGUGAUACCCCCUCCCUUUCCCUAAGGGUGUGGUGUACUCCUCCACUGUCCCUCCUCUGCCCCAACCCCGUGCACACUGCUUUCCUCAGGGGGAGUUCCUGCUGCCCACGGGUGCAGCGGGGACCACAAUGAAUGGCUGUUCUCUGGCUGGGGGCUCGAGGAGGGGACAUAAGAGGGACAACACAUGGGACUGGCUUGGGUGCAGUUAGACACUAAGGGGAAAGAGGUGCUGGAUUAUCCUUGAGAAGAGCAGGUGGCUCCCCCUCUGCUUCCCCAGUCCAUUUCUCCUGCCAGGUUUCCACAGCUGCUCUCGCUUGGCUUUUUCCCCUGCUCCCAGCAAGCUGCCUGGCUGCUGUGCAGCCAGCAUGGUGCCAGCCUUGUCUGUGCCUAGGGACCCCCUCGAGGGGCAGGGGUCUGCCAGGGAAGGGCUGGAGGGGCUCUUCUGCCACAUGGGUGGGCGCAUUAGGGGACCAGCAUGGACUCCUGGCUGCCUUGGAGCUGACAAUCUCGCAGGCUUGCUGUGGGUGGGGGAGGCAGGGAGCCCCCUUCUCCCCAGCAGCUGCUGAGCUUGUGUUGUAUGGAACAGUAUCAGGGCUGCUGCCUGCACUUGCUUGCCUUGAGCUGUGGCUUCUCCUGCUGCUGGGGGAAAUUGGUGUUGGGUCUUGUUGUCCUGUUAGCCCAUCCUCGGGGAGUGAAGGGGAUGAUGGCAGGUUGGGGCUCUGCUGUGUGGGCCUGGGAGGGGAGAGCAGCUCCCCUGUCUCCUGCAAUGGGUAGCGUGCUCAGCACUGGCUGUGCAAGCACAGGGGGGGGCAGCAGUGGAGACCCCAGCUCCCCGGCCAGGCCCAGCUGCAUCUGACUGACCCAAAAUGUAUUGUUCUAAUGCACUGUAGAAAUGUAUGUAAUGUAUUUAAACCAUGCAACUGUCUGAAUAACAGCUGCCGUUCAGCCGGCCA